ACCCUUAUAUAUAUAAGGCACAACAAAGUCCUCUCCUUCAACUUCUCUCCCUCGUUUAAGAUUCCAUUUUUACGUUAAUUAGACCCAGUUGAAAAUUUCUACGCUUUCUGAAACUUCCUCCUCAUCGAUCAACCCAGUCAUGAUCCCUGAAUAUGACUAUCUUUUCAAACUUUUGCUCAUUGGAGAUUCCGGUGUGGGCAAGUCAUGCCUUCUACUGAGAUUUGCGGAUGAUUCUUACAUUGACAGCUACAUAAGUACCAUUGGUGUUGACUUUAAAAUUCGAACGGUGGAGCAGGAUGGGAAAGUUGUCAAACUUCAAAUAUGGGACACUGCUGGUCAAGAGCGUUUCAGAACGAUUACAAGCAGCUACUACCGUGGUGCCCAUGGCAUCAUUCUUGUCUAUGACGUGACGGACCAAGAAAGCUUCAACAAUGUCAAGACCUGGCUGCAAGAAAUUGAUAAAUUUGCAGUUGGAAAUGUGAACAAGCUCUUGGUUGGAAACAAGAGUGACUUAGCUGACAAGAAAGUGGUCUCUUCUGAAGCUAGCAAGGCAUUUGCAGAUGAGCUAGGUAUUCCAUUCUUGGAAACAAGUGCCAAAAAUUCGACUAAUGUAGAGCAGGCAUUCAUGACUAUGGUUGCAGAGAUAAAGAACAGGAUAGCUACCCAACCAAUGAGUGUCAACAAACCAUCCACUGUGCAUAUGCGUGGACAGCCAGUCGUCCAAAAGACCACCUGCUGCUCAUCUUGAUUUAUCAGCGAAGAUAAGAUGAAUGUGUUCUUGAUGGUGGUGGGAAGCUUGCAGAAACAUGUGGUUUUGCAUUGGACCCUUAUUUGACUGCAAGCCUCCUCAUAAUAUGUACAGCAGAUUGUCAUGAUACUUGGCUCCCCAUUCAUUCGUUGGUUUAGAAAGUCAAGAAAUUAUUGGAAUAAUAUAGUCAACGAAUCUUUAACAAUUGUAUGUCAUAUUAUCACAGUUCAUUUUUAAGUUUAUCUAUAUUUGAUUUGAUCAGCUACAUUUCUUCAUUCAAAACUGAACUGGUUUGUUUGGA